UUAGUCAAUGUAUUCAAGUCUUUGAAGAUUGUUUGCAUUUGCUUCGAAAGGAAGUCGUAGUAUGUGUUGAUAGUACUGAAAAACUUAAAAUUGAGCGGAUAAUGAUACAUAUUUUCCAACGAGCUUGUUUUUUUAUGUUACAAUCAGGUUACGCUGAAAGAGCAUAUUCAUGUUGGCAAGCAAUGAUAGAGCUUACUUUUUUUGCACCAGAAAAAAUACAACAAAAAGAUUUCUAUGAUCGUGUAGUUGCUUUUGAAUGCUUUUGGGAAGCGGAAUGGCCUCGUUUUGGAGAAGAUGAUGCUAGAGGGUGGUCUUAUUACUUUGAGAAAGACGCUGAAAAUGUUGAAUCUUCUGAUGAUACCUCUAAUCUUUUAGCAAAUAUAUCAUCUGACGGCGAUAUGUACGAGAAAUGGGCCAAAGCUGAGAUCGCUUAUAACUCUCAAUUGCUUCCUACACGUUCAAGUGAUGAUUCCAAUUUAGAAGAUCCUUACCGUGUUGUCAUAUUUGACGAUAUCCGCACAUUUCUAUUUGACUUAACGUCUCAUCAAUCACGUAUUGAGCUUAUAUAUUCCUGUCUUACUUUUACCGGCUUGACAUAUAAUCCUGGACUCUCGUCAUCGAGUCCGAUGAUUACAGACGCAUUUCUAUACAAUAAACUUUCAAAUGAAUCAAUCGAGAAUGCCAGUUUUUGGUCUACAGACACAUCUAUUACUCGCACGUUUACAUUUCCAAUCAAAGCCUUCCCUCAGGAUGAAGUUACAUUGUUCAAUUCGCAGACUUGGUUCUCUAUUUGUAAUGAUGUUGAUAUUAUGGAUGUUAAUAUAAAUUUUUCUAGGAAUGCUUUUUAUCAAUUACGACAGGUUGUAAAUGAUACAGAGAUAAAAUUAUGUCGUUUAUCACUUGAAUAUCUUUACGAUGCGUCAAGUGGGCGGAAUCUUGCAAAGAAUAUGCUCAAACGCGACACUAUGAAUCUUUCACUUUGGAAUGGUUAUGCACAAGUAGAAAAAUCUUCAAAUAAUAUUUCUGAGGCACGUAAGGUUUAUUUGGGCGCUAUUUCCCAAUAUCGCACAUUUCCUGAACAGUACCGUAUUAUGGCACCAUUAUUACAUCGAUCAUUCGCUGAAAUGGAACUAGAACAGGGCCGUCAUAAGACCGCGAUUAAUAUUCUCAUAAACUUGACUGAAGAUCAGGGGACGAUAGACUCGAUAUCUGAAUCUGAUGUCUCUGCCACAAAGUUACUGAGGGCCAGAAAGUACUAUUCACAGCAAAUAGCACGAAUUACAACUCCUUUAACUUCACAGAUUGAAACACAUAAUUCACUACAUUACUGCGUAUGUUAUGCAUUAUUGGAAUGUCUUAGUCAGAAUUUGCAGCAAGCAAGUAAAGUAUUUGAAGACAUGCUACAUUACCUGGAGAUUAGGUCUGAUAAUGUUAACGUGGAAACAGACACUUAUGUAAAAUUAAUUUUUCAACAAUCAUUUUCUGAAAAAUUGGUAUCAGAUAAUGAGCCUGGAAAAUUAUUACAAGAGGUACUUACAAGAGCAUUACAUCUGUUUCCAAACAAUACUAUAUUUUUAUCAUUGUAUUUCCAUGAAGAAGUUCGUGGGAGGAUACCCCGUGGAUUAAACACAAUGUUAAAUGAGACAUUAAAAAAGAGACCAAGCUAUAUUUUAUGGACUAUUGCCAUAUAUAUGGAAUUACAUAACCAACAACCAUGUGAUAUUAACCGCGUUCGAGCGACAUUCGAUAAAGCAUUGAGUUGCACAACAACAAGAAACUCCGUAGCAUUAUGGAUUUUAUAUAUAAAUUUUGAAAUUAAAUACGGAGAAUUGAAUAAAGUCAAAGCUAUAUAUUAUAGGGCCAUAAGAGAAUGCCCAUGGUCAAAGGAUCUUUAUAUGAUUGCAUUUAAAAAAUUGCGUGCCCAAUUUUCAUCUGAUGAAUUGGAAGAAAUUAUGGCCGUGAUGUUAGAGAAGGAGAUUAGAAUAAGAGUUCAAAUUGAACAUUUUACUGAUAAAGUAUCCGAAUUUUUAUUUAAAAACUUUUAA